AUGUAUAUUCUUCUGUGGUAUAUGUUUUCUACCUCGCUAUCGCUUUACAACAAGAAUUUGAUGGGACGAGAUCGAUUUAAUUUUAAUUUUCCACUUUUGGUGAGUGCGAUGCACGCGUUACUGCAUGCAAUCAUCACUGGUCUGAUGAUGACUUUUGGAGGUGAUCGAUGGCGGUCUCCGUCCAAAGUAUCCAUGACUAUGUCUGAUUACUUUCUCAAAGUGGUUCCGUGCGGAGUAGCUGCUGCUAUUGAGAUUUGUUGUUCGAAUGCGUCGCUUGUGUUCAUCACUCUGUCGUUUUACACGAUGGUCAAGAGCAGUACACCAGUAUGGGUGCUGUUAUUCUCAUUUAUAUUUGGAUUUGAAAAACCUCGCCUGGUGCUGAUUACGAUUAUUGUGGUGAUGGUUGUUGGAGUGAGUCUGACGGUUGAGGGAGAAACCAAGUUUGACAGACUGGGAUUUGGCCUUGUAUUGGUGGCUGCUAUUGUAUCGGGUCUUCGAUGGAACUUGACCCAGCUGCUGUUACAACAGGACCGGUUGGGGAUGAAUAAUCCAAUUGCUACGCUGUACUAUCUUAGUCCUGUCAUGUUUAUCACAAUGCUCAGCCUGAGUCUGUUGGUCGAGAAUCCAAUUGACCAAUUUAAACACUCCAAGCAUUUUGACAGUUUAUCUCAUGUCAUUGAAUCAUUUGGUUUGAUGUCCAUUGGUGGUGUACUGGCGUUUUGCAUGACACUGGCAGAACUUUAUUUGAUAAAAAGCACCAAUACUGUCACUUUGAGCGUGGCUGGAAUCAGUAAAGAAAUUGUUAUCAUCACCUUGUCGGUUCUAAUAUAUGGAGAUGUCCUCUCACAGAAGACUCUAAUAGGGCUGUUUAUAUCGAUUGUCGGAAUCAUUGCGUACAACUACAACAUUCACUCUAGAAAAAAGGCUGCCAUGAAUUCCAAAAGCAUAGCAAAUUUUGACAAAAACUAG